UGUCACACAAUCUCUUCUCUCAGAAAAACCAUCCUCAUCCCGUUUUUCUUAAGUCAUCAUGCAUACCAAAAUUUCACACACAUCCACCCAACCUCCCUUUCUCAAUCUUUUUCCAUCUCGCCGCUACUUUUUUCCAAACUGAAUGCAUCACACAGAUACACAAUAUCAGUAUCAUGGACAGCACCGAUUCAUCUUCAGGCUCUCAGCACCCACACCUCCCUCCAGGCUUUCGCUUCCACCCCACCGACGAAGAACUCGUCGUUCACUACCUCAAGAGAAAAGCUUCUUCUACACCCCUUCCCGUCGCCAUCAUCGCCGACGUUGAUCUCUACAAGUUCGACCCUUGGGAGCUCCCAAGUAAAGCAACUUUUGGUGAACAAGAGUGGUACUUUUUCAGCCCGAGGGAUCGGAAAUACCCAAAUGGGGUUAGACCCAACAGAGCUGCUACUUCUGGGUAUUGGAAAGCAACCGGAACUGACAAACCUAUACUAACAUCUGAUGGGCACCAGAAAGUUGGAGUUAAGAAAGCACUUGUUUUCUACGGUGGAAAGCCUCCAAAAGGGGUUAAAACCAAUUGGAUCAUGCAUGAAUAUAGGCUUGUUCAUGAUUCCUUUAAUUCAACCUCAAAACCCCCUCCUCUUGUUCCUCCAAACAAGAAAAAUUCCCUCAGGCUUGAUGAUUGGGUGUUGUGUCGAAUAUACAAGAAAAGCAAUAGCACCACCGUAACAAGGCCACCCUUGAUGGAACAUGGAGAGGAGCUUUCAAUGGAGAACAUGCUUCCAACGAUGUCAACUUUGUCAAUGGCUAAUAACAAUACUCAAAACUCUAAACCUCCGUCUUCGAGGAGUACGAGUUAUGGAGCACUGGGACUUGAAAAUGAUGACAACUUCUUCGAUGGAAUCUUAGCCGUUGAUCAUCAGAGCAUGCAAAGUGGUUCUGAUUCUCACCUUUUCUGUCCAAACUCAAAGGGUACCAACUUUCCUAUGAAACGUGCUCUCACAUCACAACAACUUUGGAACGAGACAGGGUCUCCGGGAUCAUCUUCUUCUUGUAAGCGAUUCCAUGGUGAUCUUAACAGUGGAAGCAGCAACGCUGAGGACAACGAUUCCUUUGUUUCCUUGCUUAGCCAGUUUCCUCAGAACGCAACUUUUCAACCAAACGCGAUUCAUGGCUCCGUUGGGAAUGGUGCGCAGAGGCAACAACAGUUUCAACUUCCUGGUAUAAAUUGGAACUGAUCCAUAAUGAUAUUCUGGUUUAGCUUAGAUUACACACACCUGAUGAAAAAAUGUCACACCAUUAUAUUUAGCAUUAUGCUGCUCUUAGUAUUUUUCACUUGUAAUCAUAACAUGCAGAAAAUACGAAGAUAUCAGGCUUUAGACAUAUGUUAUAUGUAUGAUUAUAAAACUUGAAGUUUACAAAUUGUACUGGAUUGAAUUUUA